CAUUUGUUGUUAAUAAUAUGGUUGACAUAAAUCUUGAAUGUGUGGCGUUGAUUGAGCCGCGAUCAUCGACAUCCACGGAACAACAGCAGCAGCAGUAUCUCGAAGCGGCGCGCAUUCUGCUAGUGCUGUUGGAAAAUGUACUGAGCCAGCCAAAUAACCUUAAGUUUCGCACGAUUCGACUAGAGAACAAAGCGAUCAAGGAGAAACUUCUGUCGCUGUCGGGUAGCGAACGACUGCUAGCCGCAAUUGGAUUCAAACGCACGGCAGCCUCCAAUGAAUACACAUUGCCCAGCGAGGUACCGCUGCAACAUAUACAAAAGUACCGGGACGAACUGCGUAAGCGGCGGGAGGCGUGGCUUAACGGCGCAGCGCCAAAGAGCCCACUUAAUAAUCAUGCGAAACCCGUGUCAACAACACAGCCAGAAAUGCCAGGUGUAUGUGCAACGCCUUUGUUCAUAAAACCUUCAGUGCCCUAUCAGCAACGCAUACGGUUUCCACGGGUCCUGCGCACUGCCAACCGAUUUCUGCAAUCCUUGGAGCUGUAUAGCGAUGCAGUUAUGCAGUAUGAGGAUAAGGCGCUGCUGGCCAGCGGCCUCAGCCUGAUUCCCGUCGAUACGCUGACCUCCAAUGCCAACGAGAAGCUCGUUGGUAUGCAAGAAAUGAUUGCGUCUGGUCAGUGUCAGGAGAAGGAACCUUGUUUUCGAGAUCUGUUACUGGUGGAGCUGGUCAAUUGGUUCAAAACCGAAUUCUUCGAGUGGGUCAACACAAUACCGUGUAAGGUAUGUGGCAGUGAGGACGGCAAAUUGCGUCGCACCCAGACCGAAGGUGAUGUGCGCGUGGAGAUUACUGUUUGCUGUGGUCAGGAGACAAAGUUCUAUCGCUACAACGACAUAUCGCAGCUUUUGGUGACUCGCAAGGGACGCUGCGGUGAAUUUGCCAAUUGUUUCACAUUCCUCUGUCGAUGCCUGGACUACGAUGCCCGUCUAGUGCACUCGCACUUCGAUCACGUGUGGACCGAGGUCUAUUCGGAGACACAAUUGCGUUGGCUUCACGUUGACCCAUCGGACAAUGUGGUGGACUCGCCGCUAAUGUAUCAGCAUGGCUGGAAACGUAAUAUCGAUUAUGUUUUUGCCUACUCACGGGACGAUGCCCAGGAUGUAACUUGGCGCUACACUAAUAAUCAUAAGCAAAUCCUGCAAAUACGCAAGCUGUGCUCGGAAAAAGAGCUUAUCGAUGCAUUGAAUGGCAUUCGAGGAAAACGCCAGCAAUUUGUGAGUGACGAACGCAAAAAAUUCCUAAGUCAGCGGAAUUUAUUCGAGGUCAUUGAGAUGACCCUGGAGCGCACGCCGACUGAGAACGAGCUGAAAGGCAGGAGCUCUGGCAGUUUGACGUGGCGACAGUCGCGUGGCGAAAACUCAUUCAGCAAUAUUUUUGUAUUUACCCCCAACGACAACGAAGUGGAGAAGCGUCAAUUUAAUUUACGCUACAGUUGUUCCAGUGAUACAUACGAACGAUUUAUCAAAGAUGGAAGUAGGGUGAAUAUACUCGAAACUUACAAGACUUGGCAGAGUGCGCAAUUCGCCUCAAAGAACAUAUUUCGCAAAGUGGAACACGAUUGGAAGGUCACAUAUUUGGCCAGAUUAGAGGAUACGGACAGCGCUGAAAUAAUAUGGAAAUUCGAUUUGAGUAAAUCAAAUCUGAAAGUUAAACAAUACAAUUUGAUUUUUGACACAAAAACCUUUGGCGAAGGGAAAAUUGAUGUUAGCAUUGAAACAAGUAACGGAAACAAAAAUAUUGAAAACUCAAAUCAAUUCCAAAUUGUGGCCAAAUUAAGUGGUGGGGUGUCUUGGCAACACUCACAGCUCUUCAGACAAGCCUUGAACUCAAGGGAGUAUCCUUUUGAGCUUCACGUUGUGCUGCACUAGCUAUAUAUCCAAAAAAAGAACAUGAUAUCUUACAGAACAAUUCCAAAUGCAUUGUUAAGUGUAAAUAAGACAACCAUAUAUACUAUAUACAUAUAUAU